UACUGACUUCCGUUUUCUUUCUCUGUUACAGAUCCUGUGCACAGUUGACUGUAGCACCAGCUGCAAUGUGACUACAUUCUCAUCUACAACCAGUAACAGUGCAUGGACCGCAGCCCCAGAAAAGCUUGUAACAGCAACUGUAAUGGGUUUGAAUGGCCAGUCCACUCCAGCCGACAGUGGGACAUUUUCACCCCUGGAUCCUGACUCCAGUCCUAUGAAAGCGGUUACCAUCAGUCCAACCAGUGUGACCCCAACUUGGACAAACAGCACAACUGCUUCUAAUUCCAUGGGUGGCAUAAAGAGUACGAACGAGAAUCUGCAGAUGAGCUUUGCAAAUCAGACAGGUGAUAACAGCACGGAUUCAGGUCCAGGAAGCAAUGGGACUUCAGGAGAUGCCACAGCAGAACCUCAUCCAGUGAUGGAUCUGCAUGCUGCCUUCGUGGGUGUGACGCACGUGACUCUUACCUGGAAGAGUGAUAACAUCACGGACACCUGCCGGAUGCUCCUUGAAGGAAGCCAGGAGUCAACUGAAAACUUAAUGGUCAAUAUUUCUGACCUGAAGCUGGGGAGUCGGUACACGAUCACCCUGUAUCCUUUAGGAUCAAAUGAAACACAGGGAAGCCCCCUGUCGACAGAAAAUGGCUUGGAUGCCAGCAACACAGACAGCUUGCCUGGGGGUCCCGCGACCCCUGGGUCCAAAUACCGACUGGAACGUGCAGGCCUGUCCUCUGACCCUUCUCUGGCCCAGGACACCGUGGAAGUCUUGCUUCUCAGGUUAAAGCCUGACACACAGUACAAGGCCACGGUCUAUCCCCGAGCUGUUAACGGUGCUGAAGGACAGCCCCAGGCUACAGAGUUCAAAACAAGUCCCAGUCAGGUUUUUGACAUCAAAUUUGUGAACAUCAGUGCCACCAGCUUGACCAUGACCUGGAAGAUCAAUGAUAAUGAGUCAUCUUCAGUCUAUACCUACAAGAUACAAGUUGUGGGCGAGACAGAUUCCUUCAAUCUCACAGUCAAUGAGACUUACGCCGUCAUCACUGCGCUCAGCUCAGGCACCUUGUACAACAUCACAGUGUACCCUUUCCUCGAUGACGGUUCCGAGGGCAUGCCGGGCUUCAUCCAAGUUUACACCCCCCCCAGUCCAGUUUCUGACUUUAGAGUGACAAGUGUCAGCACAAGGGAAAUUGGCUUAGCAUGGAACAGCAAUGACUCUCUUUCUUUUGAGAUACAUAUCACACCUCAUGAAGCUGGAAAACCUCGAAUCAUCACCACCACCGAACAAAGUAUUGUCAUUGGUGACUUAUACCCUGGAACCAAGUAUCAUUUUGACAUAUAUCCACAAGGACCAAAUGGAACUAAAGGGGAUUCCCAAACAGUUUCCACUACAACUGACCCCAGUGCCGUGUUUGACAUCCGUGUUGUUAACGUCACCACAACCGACAUGCAGCUGCAGUGGCGGAACACAGACAACGCCACCGGGUACAUCUACAGCGUAGAAAUAUGGUCUGAACACGGCUCUGAUUUGAAAAACAGUUCUCACACAGGGAUCACCUUCCACGGCCUGACCCCGGGCACCUUAUAUACAAUCACAGUCACCCCCAACAUGAACUUGGUCCAGGGGGUGGCCAACUCCACUCUACAGUACACACGGCCCAACAAGGUGUCCAGCAUUGAGAUAACGACCAAUACCACAGCAGCAACCUUAAACUGGCAGAAUGUUGAUAAAGCCUCUUCAAACUACACCUACUGCCUUCUUAUUGGGCAGAAUGGAAGUUCCAGCAACGCCACGCCAAUAGUCACAGGCAUCGGCGUUACCCAUGCUACAGUCACCAAGUUAAUACCUGGUUCCUCCUACACCGUAGAGAUCUUCACGCAGGUGGGGGAUGUCAAGUCACCUGCACCCGGCAGGCAGUCAUUCUGUACAGACCCUGAGCCGGUAGCCUCCUUCAAGUGUGAAGCAGUCCCCAAGAAGGCCACCUUGGUCCUUAGGUGGGCCUGCCCUUUAGGCACCAACACAGGCUUUGAGCUGGAGGUCAGCCAUGGAUACUGGAAAAAUACAACAACCGUGGAGGGCUGCUCCUCAAAGAACGGCUCUGAGUUCACGACGGAAGUCACGCAUUUGAAUUUUUCUACCUUGUACGACAUCAGCAUUGCUACCUGGUCCUGUAACAAGAAGGCACCGCCCGCCCGAAACACCUGCCUCUCUGGCAUCACAGACCCCCCUCUUCCAGAUGGGUCCCCCAAUAUCACAUCUGUCAGUCACAAUUCAGUGAAGGUCAAGUUCAGCGGGUUUGAAGCCAGCCAUGGACCUAUCAAAGCCUACGCGCUUGUUCUCACCAGUGUGGAUGCUGUUUCGCCAUCGGCAGAUAUUUUGAGAUUCACAUAUAAUGACUUCAAAAGGGGGGCCUCGAAUACAUAUGUGACGUACCUCAUAACGACAGAAGCAAAGAGACGUGCUCAGGGCUUGUCUGAAGUCUUGAAAUACGAAGUUGAUGUUGGCAACGAGUCCAUCACACACGGCUACUACAACGGGAAGCUGGAACCCCUGGGCUCCUAUAGGGCUUGUGUGGCCGGAUUCACCAGUAUUGCCUUCAGCCCUCACAGUGAGGGACUCAUAGACGGGAACGAGAGCUACGUGUCCUUCAGUCCCUGGUCAGAGGCCGUUUUCUUGCCCCAGGAUCCAGGCGUCAUCUGUGGAGCAGUGUUCGGAUGUAUCUUUGGUGCCCUGGUUAUCGUGGCCGUGGGAGGCUUCAUCUUCUGGAGGAAGAAAAGGAAAGAUGCAAAGAACAAUGAGGUGACCUUUUCUCAAAUUAAACCUAAAAGAUCCAAGUUAAUCAAAGUGGAGAAUUUUGAGGCCUACUUCAAGAAACAGCAAGCUGACUCCAACUGUGGGUUUGCAGAAGAAUAUGAAGAUCUGAAGCUUGUUGGAAUUAACCUGCCUAAGUAUGCAGCUGAACUGGCUGAGAACAGAGGAAAGAAUCGCUAUAACAACGUUCUGCCCUAUGACAUUUCCCGCGUCAAACUUUCAGUUCAGACCCAUUCGACCGACGACUACAUCAACGCCAACUACAUGCCUGGCUACCAUUCCAAAGAAGAUUUCAUCGCCACGCAAGGACCUCUGCCCAACACUCUGAAAGAUUUUUGGCGUAUGGUUUGGGAGAAAAAUGUCUAUGCCAUUGUCAUGCUGACCAAAUGUGUUGAACAGGGAAGGACCAAAUGUGAGGAGUACUGGCCCUCCAAGCAGGCUCAGGAUUACGGGGACAUAGCUGUGGCAAUGACGUCUGAAAUUGUUCUUCCAGAAUGGACCGUCAGAGACUUCACAGUGAAAAAUACUCCGACAAGUGAGAGUCACCCUCUGCGUCAGUUCCACUUCACCUCCUGGCCUGACCACGGUGUUCCUGACGCCACCGAUCUGCUCAUCAACUUCCGCUACCUUGUUCGUGACUACAUGAAGCAGAGUCCUCCUGAGUCGCCAGUACUGGUGCAUUGCAGUGCUGGGGUGGGAAGGACGGGCACUUUCAUUGCCAUCGAUCGUCUUAUCUAUCAGAUAGAGAAUGAGAGCACUGUGGACGUGUACGGCAUCGUGUACGACCUUCGCAUGCACAGGCCUUUGAUGGUGCAAACAGAGGACCAGUAUGUUUUCCUCAAUCAGUGUGUUUUGGAUAUUAUCAGAUCCCAGAAGGACUCAAAAGUGGAUCUUAUCUACCAGAACACAACUGCGAUGACAAUCUAUGAGAACCUUGCGCCCAUAACCACGUUUGGAAAGACAAAUGGUUACAUCGCCUGAUUCCAAAGGAAACCCUUUCUGGAGUUAACCAGACCGUCACACCCACAGCAGAGGAAAAUGCCCCGAUGUUGACAUGUUUUUAUAUGUCUAAUAUCCUAAUUCUUUGUUCUGUUUUGUUAGAACUAAUUUGAGAGUGUGAAGCUGCACGUGUAAAGCAUGACAGAUGAGAGGCUGGGGCUAUCAGGGGCUGUGGAUGGCGGGUGAGCAAAUCAACUACAUUCCUGAUUACCAAUGGGAUGAGUUCACUUUUUGUUUUUGUUUUUUUUUUUCUCUUGAGAAUUACGGAAUACCAGGAAAAGUGAGCUAUGAUUUUUUUUUUUCCUUUUACAAGACAUUCUUUUUUAAAAAGACUAUUUUCUAUGAUUCACACUCUAAAGCCAGGAUUGUGUUGGGUUGAAUAUAUUUUAAGUAUCAGAGGUCUAUUUUUACCUACUGUAUCUUGGAAUCUAGCUGAUGGAAAAUGCAUAAUUGUGGAUGAUUAUCACGUAGGGAGGGGUAUGUGGUACCUCUUCUGCCUGUGUUUUCUAUUUGAACAUGUGCCUUUUCUGAAUUAUGCUUCCACAGGCAAAACUCAGUAGAUAUCUCUAUUUUUGUACUGAAUCUCAUAAUUGGACUAUGUGGAAUAUUUAAACAGUAGUUUAGUAUUGGAGGUUCAGCCUUCUCAGUAACAUUCCUGUUCUCAUUUGAUUAGAGAAGAUCUCGCCUCCACCCCCCACUUCCCCGUCUCCUGCUUUGUGCUAUAUUCUUUCGUUUUUUUUCCCCAAAGGUGUUUCUGAUGACCACAUUUUCUGCCCACUGGUUGAGCAAGAGUGGAAACUAAAUUAUCAUCUUGAAAAUUUUGGGGGUGGGAGUCGGGUGAGCAGAGGAACCCUUCAGUGACUCAGUAAUCUUUUAUUGUCCCUGUUUUAUUCCCCCCACCCCUCAUUUCUGUAUUUGGUAAGAAGGAUUAUUUAAAGGUGCAAUAUGUGACUUAGUGACUCAUGAUGCUCUAGGUUUUUAGUAAUGUUUUACUCAGGUUGGCAUUUUAUGUGUCUCUGUGUGUCCGUGUAUGUGUGUGUGUGUGUUUCUAAACGUGUGGCAGUCUGUGAACACGUCCGUGUGAAAACGGUGUCAGAUGAAUCCCUUCUUAAAGUCUACUGGCUUUAGUCUGUAUCUGCAGUGAUACAUACCCAUAUCUACUGUAUAUAUAUAUACUAAACUCUUAAAACAGUCAUUCCUUGGAAUUGAGGUGUAAAAAGUUUGAAUUUGUAUCAAAGAUGUAAUUAUUAUUUUUAAAACCUCUUUUUCACUAUACUGCUGCUGUAAUUACUUUGAUUUUUUUUAAAAAAAUGUAGAUUAAUUUUUGUUUAUUGUUAUGUGGCUUUCAGGUGUGUAUCCACCGAGAGUUUCCAAAUCUAUGUGGAUUUAUUUUAUUGGUACAUAAUCUGUAAACUUCUCAAGGCAUUAAUUAACACGAAAGGAUUUGUUUCUUGUUUUGUUUUAUUUUAUAUUGUGGCUCAGGUUCUAUUCUGAAGAUGUAUUAAGUUUCUCCUCCAAUAAGCAAUGAAGUAUUCAAGGUCUUAGGAAGGAUCGGUCAAGUCCCCAAGUCCUGUGGCUGUUCCCACAGCGACAAAUCCUGCUGUAAGUGUAGGACGAGGUGUCCUGUUGGAAAUGGGAGUGGGGUCUGCUCUGAGCGCCCCGGUCACCCUGGGCCGCGGGAGCCCGGCUCCUGGCCCUGCGCCCCGGCUCGCUGGCACUUUGAGCACUGAUGGGGUGCUCCGGAGGGGGACCACAGCGUCCGGAGAGCCCUUGGGUCAGUGCCGGGCUCGAGGGCCACACGUCUUUUGUCUCCCUUCCCCUUUGAGGUACUGCAAGGAAGAGAGGAGAAGGGAGAUGGUGUUGUGUUUUGGGAGAACCUUCCUUCCCAAAUGGAAAUUGCACUUUUGGCUCUGUCCUUUGCUCUCUCUAUGGUGGAAAGCAGUUCAUUCCGCGUCAGGCCCUUCGAGGAGCGGGCUGGCCAGGCGGGACUGGGUCCUCUUUGUUCCUGUAUCAGGGAAGCCCCACCAUCCUGGGCUGCUGAGUAAAGCUGGGUUUGGGGGAUGGCUUCCAAGUCUUUCGCGCGGGUCCGCCCCUCGCGCACCGAUCUUGGAGAGCUCCCUAACUUCUUCAGGGCUCGCGGUCCAGGCGGCAGUUCCGGGGUCCCACCCCUUCCCACUCCAGUUUGCCAGGAAGCCGCGCUGGUGGGUGCCGAGGUAUCGUCAGGCCCCACGUAGGCAUGCACCCUGCCCGCGUCACUGCUGCUGCCCUGGAGAAGUCGGGGGGAAGGACUUGACUCCAGAAAUUCCUUUAAAAGAUGAAACAACAAUAAUCAGAAACAUAUGGGGGUAAAAAAUGCAAAGAUCAGAAACCCUCCUCCCUUCCGCCUGGGAUGAUCUUGGGAAAUGGGCCGUAGCCCGGUCAGCCUCCCUCAGACGUCACCCCCGGUCCCGGGAGGAAGGCUUGCGGUGGCCAGGUCUGGCUUCCAAAUGGGCAGGUCACACGAAGGUCAUUCACGAUGCUUCUCCGCAUCCUGAAGAGGCCUGGCGACGGGCCAGGGGGCGGGCCGGGGGGUGGUGAGGGUAUUUAUAGCACAGUGAUUGAAAAGGGAAGAUUAACGUGUAAAUAUAGAGGACAGGCGGGCUGAGGGCUGGUCACAGAAGAGAGAAGGUUCUUUUGAGCUCCUGCCCCAAACCGUCCCAGGAGCAAUGAGCUAAAAUCGGAGUCCAGUGGAGUCACGGGGAUGGCGUGAUAACCCCUGCUUAGUAUUUGACAAGUUUAGAAGUAGCCACCCAGCGUGGGUUGAGCUGGUUUGAGGGAUUUCGGCCUCCAAAAUCUUCUUCCAAGAGCAAGGACGUUUGUGUCUGCAGAGUUAAAUCUAGCGGCGGUUGGCAGCAGUGUGAAAUGAGACGCAGAUUGGUUCCCUGUGGCCACAUGACAACCACCAGCUAGAUUUUGGCAUACUUGACCACUGGACGUGGGCAUCACAGAGUCGCAGGCUCCUGGGGCUUGGGCCCGACUAUGCAGCUGAUUCAUCUUUGCUUUUCAUCUGGGGGCGGAAAAGCCUGGUUUCCUUUUGAAAUGCUUGAUUGCACUUGCUGAGCUAAACAAGCCUUGGUGACUGACGUUGAUUUGCCUCCAAAGUCCAAGUUCUGAAUUUUCAGAGUCUGUGUAGCAGUCGAGUAUUCAAUAUACUGUAGCUUUUUAUCCCCUUGGGGGCACCUGUGAAUAGGAUGUGUUGAUGUGGACUCUAAAACUGUAAUUUUCUUGUAACUAUUUUGGAAUGAUGCAUAUUUCUAAUGUUUGUUAUACUUGUACAGAGUAUUGCUGUUGGUUGCUUUUUUCCCCCCUCUUUGGUUUGUUUUUUAAGGAAAAACAUGGCCUGAGAAAAAUUUUUUUAAAAAGACAUAAAUACCAAAUAUAAAAAAUUGUCAACA